AUGGCGUCGUCUGGAAUGGACCCCGUCGACGUUGACAGCAUCAUUGAGAAGCUGCUGAGCGUGCGUGGUGCGCGCCCCGGCAAGCAGGUGAACCUCACGGAGACGGAGAUCCGUGGCCUUUGUCUGCAGGCGCGCGAGGUGUUCUUGGCCCAGCCCAUUCUGGUGGAGCUGGAGGCGCCUAUUAAGAUUUGCGGUGACAUCCACGGCCAGUACUACGAUCUGCUGCGUCUGUUCGAGUACGGCGGCUUCCCCCCUGACGCCAACUACUUGUUUCUCGGUGACUACGUGGACCGUGGCAAACAGAGCCUCGAGACCAUCUGUUUGCUGCUCGCAUACAAGAUCAAGUAUCCGGAGAACUUUUUCAUUCUACGGGGCAACCACGAGUGCGCGUCGAUUAACCGGAUCUAUGGCUUUUACGACGAGUGCAAGCGCCGCUACAACAUCAAGCUCUGGAAGACCUUUACGGAUUGCUUCAACUGCUUACCUGUAGCUGCAAUUGUUGACGAGAAGAUCUUUUGUAUGCACGGGGGUUUGUCGCCCGAGCUUAGCCAGAUGGAGCAGAUUAAGCGUUUUGUGCGCCCUACGGACGUGCCCGACACGGGUCUACUCUGCGACCUGUUGUGGUCGGACCCUGAUAAGGACAUCAUGGGAUGGGGAGAGAACGACCGUGGUGUGUCGUUUACGUUCGGCCCGGACAUCGUGAGCCAGUUUUUAAAGCGCCACGACCUCGAUUUGAUUUGUCGAGCCCACCAGGUGGUGGAGGACGGCUAUGAAUUCUUUGCCAAGCGCCAGCUAGUUACGCUAUUUUCAGCCCCGAACUACUGUGGCGAAUUCGAUAACGCCGGUGCGAUGAUGUCAGUGGAUGAGACGCUCAUGUGCUCGUUCCAGAUUCUCAAGCCCGCGGAGAAGAAGCAACGUUACGCGUACAAUGGCCUGGGAACGCAGCGUCCGGCUACACCGCCUCGGAAGUAG